AUGGUUGAAGAAGGAGAGAAGGAAAAGAAGCGGAAGGGCCUUCGACUGGUGUCACGCAAAUCGUCUAGGAAAAUGCUAGGUAAAUGGAAAAAGCUGGAUGAUUCUGAAAAAUGUGAGAAACAAGAUUCGUUGCGGGACGCUGCGCCCCUCCGCCGAGUACUAGGCGUAACUCUCGAGAAGGCAAUUGAAGUGGAUCCCUCCUUAGAUGGUGUGCCCGUGCCUGCUUUUUUUCGCCAUUCAAUCGACUACGUUGAAAGCCAUGGCUUAACACUGGAGGGUAUCUACCGUGUAUCUUGCCCAAAAACACGGCUUGACGAACUUGAAAGAAAGGUCAAUGAAGGCACGUCACUGAACUUCGUGGAGGCGCACGAAGCAGCUGGCCUUAUCAAAAGGUUUCUUCGGCAACUUCCAGAACCUCUUCUAUCUAGCGAUUUUGAAUCAGCCGUGAAGGAAUGCACGUGCGAUUGGAGGAGUGCCUGUAACUGUACGACUCGUGACAAGAUCAAGAAAAUGUUGCGAUUCACUCAAGCACCACAAUUUUACGUGCUCGGAUAUAUGUUUCUGCACAUAAGAAAUGUCAUCGAAAUGGUGAGUCUAUAG